AUGUUAUUUUCUUUGAAGUUGUUUCCAUCAAGUGUAAGAAACUCAGCUUUAGGGACCUGUUUAGUGAUGUCUCAAAUAGGAUCAAUGUCAUCGCCAUAUUUAGUUGAUUUUUUGGGUCAAGUUGCACCGUGGUCUCCAACUGUGCUUUGUGGUGGGGCACUUUUUAUUGCAGGACUUUUAUGCUGCAUUGUUCCAUGCCUUCUGCAAGCGAUCGAUGAGCUAGGACGAGGCUCAAAGUUUUUGUGGAUUGCUUUUUUUGUUAGUGCUAUAUCUUCACUAUUGAAAUCGUUGCAUACGAUGUCGUAUGUUUUCAUAGCUGAGAUACCUGAGCAUUGGUGCCAUUUUCCAGAACUGUUAGAUGCUAACUGGACAGCCGCGCAAGUACAAAAUAUUUCAGCAGUAGACAAAUGCUUGAAGUAUGAUUACAAUUAUGCAUAUCUUGCGCAUUUAGGCUAUGAAAACGCUGGAAAGUAUGUUGAAGAUUUUAAAUUUAACACUAGUCUUGUUCCUUGUUCUUCUUUCAUUUUUGAUAAAAGUGAAAAAUCAACAAUAGUUAAUGAAUGGAGUUUAGUUUGUGAUCGACAAUUAUAUCGAGCAAAUACAUAUUUUACAUAUUCCCUCGGAAAACUUUUGGGUACUGGAAUCUUGGGAGUAUACGCCGACAAAAAUGGAAGAAGAAAAGCAUUGAUUAUAAGUUUAACUCUGCAAACUAUUGCUGUACCUUUAACUUCAAUUAUUCCAUGGUUUUGGGGGUACAUUUUAUGUGAGUUACUAAUUGGACUCAGCGUUGCUGCAAUGUAUUCAUCGGCUUACACGAUGGUGUCGGAAAUUGCAAAUAAAAAUAAAAUGAAGAUUUUAGGAACUGUAUCAGAUGCUUUAAAUCCCGCUGAAACUUACAAAUGGCAUUAUCAUUAUUCACUAUUCCAGCAAUUAUCUUGGUUUGAGGAAUCACCGCGUUGGUUAAUAGCCCUAAAUCGUCAUAAUGAAGCACAAAAAAUAAUUGAAAAAUAUCGAAAAAUUACUUUUACACCGAAUCUCAUUACCACAAGUAUACCACUAACUUCUAUAUCAAUAGACAAUUCUAUUACUGAAGAAAAGCAUCAAAAGAGUUUUGCUGAACGUUAUCUAGGAAAUUCAAGAAUUCUUUUUACAGAUCCAAUUUAUAGAAAAAAGAUUCUUAUCAUGUACUUUUCAUUUUUUGUUUGUGUCAUGGUCGGCUAUUAUUUAAUUUUUAAUGUUGAUAAUUUCAAAAUAAAUCGUUAUAUUUUCAUGGCAGCAGCAUCAACCACUGAGCUCGUAUCUCUUCUUACAGUUUCAAUAAUUCUUAGAUGUAUAAGUAGCCAGAAAACAACUAUUAUUCUUUACUGGAUCGCAUCAAUUUGUAUGCUAUCAAUGAUUGCUAUCCCCAAAGACAAUAUAUAUAUGACGAUAGGAAUGACAGUGAUAUCUAAAUUUUGUUUAAGUUCUACAUUUACAACAAAUAUGUUAUUUUCUUUGAAACUGUUCCCGUCAAGUGUAAGAAAUUCAGCUUUAGGAAGCUGUAUAUUAAUGGCCCAAGUUGGAUCUAUGUCAUCUCCAUACUUGGUUGAUUUUUUGGGCAAAGUUGCACCGUGGUCUCCAUCUGUGCUUUGCGGUGGCGCACUAUUUAUCGCAGGACUUCUUUGUUGUAUUGUCCCUGUACCCGAACACUGGUGCUCAAUUCCAGAAUUUGAAAAGUUUAAUUGGACAGCCAAGCAGAUUAAAAAUAUUUCGGAAGUAGAUGAAUGUCAUAUAUAUAAUUUUAAUUAUACAGAUCUUGCGGGUCUUAAGUAUGAAGAUGCGGUAAAAUAUGUAAAAGAUAUGAAAUUCAAUACAAGCGUAAUUCCUUGUUCUUCGUUUGUUUUUGAUAAAAAUGGGAGAUCAACAAUUGUUGAUGAGUGGCAACUAGUUUGCGAUAAAAAAAUAUACCGCGCCAAUACAUUUCUUGCGUAUGCAUUUGGAAAACUUUUGGGUGACGGAAUUUUGGGAAUAUAUUCUGAUAAGUACGGAAGAAAACAAGCAAUGAUUGUUAGUUUGAUAUUACAAGCGAUUUCUGUACCUGCAAGUGCGUUUAUUCCAUGGUACUGGGCAUAUUUUGGGUUUAAAUUCAUGACUGGAAUGAGCAUCAUGUCAGAAGUUACUAAAAAUAACAAAAAAAAUCUCUUUGGCGCUAUCAUUGAUUCCAUGUUUUCAAUUGGAACUUUACUGCUCAUAGGAAUUGCGUUUCUUCCUGAAUCACCUCGAUGGUUAUUAUCUCAAUCUCGUCAUGAAGAAGCCCAAAAAAUAGUCGACAAAUAUUCUAAAACUUCUAAAACAACAGCCCUCAUUCCAGCAAGUCCAAACCUUUCAUCGUCACCAUCAGAAAAUGAAGAUACUAAAAAAAAAGUCUUCAACAUUGAUACUUUUGAUACGAAUCGUUAUAUUUACACAGCAAUAACAGCCACCGUUGACCUGAUAGCAAUUAUACUGGUGCCAAUAAUCCUGUUAUGUUUAAGUUGUCAAAAAGCGAGUGCCGUAAUUAACACAAUUGUAGCCAUAUGUAUGCUAUCGAUAGUAACUGUUCCUAGAGAGCAUGUGUAUAUAGUUAUGGCAUUAACGUUUGUAUCUAAAUUUUGCUUAAUGGCCAAUUUUACUGUCAACAUGUUGCUUGCUUCAGAAUUGUUCCCAACGAGUGUACGAAAUUCUGCACUUGGUUCAAGUUUACUUAUGGCUCAAUUGGGGUCAAUGUCGAGCCCAUAUAUUGUUGAUUUUCUUGGUAAUGUUGCCUGGUUUGCUCCCACAACAUUAUGCGAAUUGUUCAAAGAAAUUGUCAAAGAUAUUGCAAAAUUUCAAGGAUUGACUCGUGAUUGUGCUGACUUAUUAAUAAAAAAAUACGUAGAUGUUUCGCCAAAUGCUAUUCACAGUAUUUUAUCUGCAGAGGUGAUGCAGAAAAUGAAAACAUGCAGGAAUAAAUUACAUGGGAUUCGAUAUAACCACUAUGGAAAUUACGAGAAAGCAAGAAAGGAUGGAGAACGUCCAGGAAUAAUAGUGAGAAUGGCUGCAAAGGCAAAUUUACCACCAGCUCUUUUAGCUCGUGUUAUUUUAGAGCGCUAUUUUCAAAUUUCUCGAGGCGAUAUAUCACAACUUAUGAAAGACACUACACGUAUCCAAGAUGUUGAUUUGGCUUAUGAAAUAUAUUUGUGUGUGUUAUACGACGACAGAAAUGGACUUAUAUCGGAUUCAGUGUGUUUAGCGAUUGGUAAUGAAUAUGAAGCAAAAUUGCAGUAUUACCUGGAUCAGUGCAAUGCAUCAUAUUCAACUGAAGAUGAUUUAAGAGUACGCGGAUAUGACAAAACCCCAGACGUUAAACUUGAAAUUCCCGUGGCUGUUGAUGGUUUUAUAAUCAAUUGGAUUGAAUCAAAAGGACGUUUCGGAUCACCGGAUAUUCAUAAGACCCAUGUCAAAGAACAAUUUCUAAGUUAUUGGAAUCGGUUUGGUCCAGGUCUUGUUAUUUAUUGGUUUGGAUUCGUUGACGAUAUUGUUGAAGCGAAUGAGAAAAAAUUCAUUAUCAUGGAUCAUUUUCCUGAAAAUAUCGUUCAUAUGAACCCAACCAUACCGGAAAAAAUAAUACAAGAAACAUACCUUUUGCAAGCAUUAGAUAAACUAGGACAAGGUUCUCGAUUUCUUUGGAUUAUUUUCGCCAUUAAUAUGUUCAUAGCCGUACUCGAUGGAUUGAAUUGUAUGUCGUAUGUUUUUUUAACUGAGACACCUAACUAUUGGUGUUUUAUUCCAGAGCUUGUAAAUGCAAAUUGGACUACUGACCAGCUCAAAAGUGUAUUUCCUGUUGAUAAAUGCCAAAAAUAUGAUUACGAUUACAAAAAUCUAGCGAAUUUGGGGUAUGAUAAAGCUAUAAAAUCUAUCGAGAAUCUUGAGCUUAAACCAACGACUAUUCAAUGUACAUCGUUUUUGUUUAAUGACAGUGAACGGCAUACAAUUGUGAACGAGUGGGAGUUGGUUUGCGAAAAAAAUUUAUAUCGAGCAAACACAUUUUUAGUCUAUGCACUGGGAAUGAGUUUUGGUUCAGGUAUAUUAGGUACUUAUUCCGACCGAUAUGGACGUAAAAAUUCUUUGAUAGUCAGUAUAAUAUUACAAGUUGUUUUUGGACCUUUAACUGCAUUUGUUCCGUGGUUUUGGGCAUAUAUGAUUUGCAGAUUCUUCACAGGAAUGAGUAUAUGCGCUAUGGCUUCUUCAGCGUAUACACUUCUGUCAGAAGUAACUCAAAAUAAUAUGAGGAAAAAUUUAUCAGCUUCUAUUGAUUCAACAUUUUCUGUUGGCACUUUUUUGCUGAUAGGUAUGGCCUUUUUUUUAUCAGAGUGGCGAUAUCUACAACUAGCACUAUCAUGUUUUGUUGUUCCGAUUAUUAUUCUUAUAUGGUACGUAAGUAUUGAAGUUUUAAUACUCAAUAGAAUAUGCAUAAUAAUUUAUAUUUUUACUAGUUUUACGCCUGAAUCACCUCGUUGGCUCAUAUCCCAAAAUCGACAUGAAGAAGCUCAAAAAAUUAUUGAAAAAUAUGAUAAAUCUUUUGUCAUGCCACUGAUUUCUAUCAUGGAAACUUCAACAAUAAAAAGAAACUCAGUAUCAUCAUCAUUUGUAAAAUUGGAAAAACAAAAAAAUUUCUUUUAUUGCAAUACCGAAAGCUUGAGAAUUUUAUUUACAAACUCAGAUUUGAGAAAAAAAAUUUUGAUUGUGUACAUUUUAUCUUACGUGUCUUCAGCUAUCUGUUAUUCACUCAUCUUUAACAGUGAUAACUUCAAAUUAGACCGUUUCAUUUAUAUGUCAGUAAUAGCAGCAACUGAAAUGACAGCUCACUUUGUGGCAUUGGUGCUUCUGAUAUAUUUAAGUUGUCGGAAAACACUUGUUUUAGCUUACACAAUUGGAUUUAUUUUCAUGGCGGCUAUUCCGGCUAUUCCAGAAGAAAGCAAAGACAUAAUGAUGGGAUUUGCACUGAUUGCUAAAUUUUGUUUGUCUAUUAUUUAUACCUCCAAACUCGUUCUUAUAGCCAAAUUAUUCCCUAGCUCUGUUAAGAAUACUGCCAUAGGCACAUGUGUAUUAUUUUCUGAAAUAGGAGGUCUCACUGCACCGUACAUUGUUGAUAUACUUGGAAGUGUUGCAUAUUGGGCACCAACAACUCUUUGCGGGGUUUUAUCCCUUUUCGCUGGAAUUCUUUGUCUUCUGAUACCUCGAACUAAGCCGAAGGACAAGAGUGAUUUCGACGGUAGAGAUGAAAUGGAUGUAAAAAAAAGAUGUCUUCUGCAAGCUAUUGAUCAAUUACGAGAAGGGUCCACAGUUCUUUGGAUUUUACUUAUCAUGAAUCUUUCAACAACAUUUUUAUUCGGGAUAAAUUCAAUGUCUUACGUUUUCAUCACUGAAGUACCUAAAUAUUGGUGUUCUCCUCCAGAGCUUCUGAAAGCUAACUGGACGAUAGAUCAAAUAAAAAAUAUAACUGCUGUCGAUGAUUGCCAUACUUACAAAUACAAUUAUAGUUACUUGGCAAGUAAAGGAUACGAUAAAGUUUCACGAUAUGUAAAAGAUGUCAAGUUUUUACCAAGUGUAGAUUCUUGUUCGUCAUUUACUUUCGAUGAGAGUAAACGAUCGACAAUUGUUAAUGAGUGGAGCUUAGUGUGUGACAGAAAAUUAUAUCGAGCAAAUACAUUUCUUGUAUAUUCACUUGGAAUAGUCACUGGUUCUGGACUAUUGGGUACUUAUGCAGAUAAAUAUGGAAGAAAAAAUUCUUUGAUUAUCAGUAUAAUAUUUCAAGUUAUUGCUGGGCCAACGAGUGCACUGGUGCCGUGGUUUUGGGCUUAUAUGAUAUUCCGAUUCUUUACCGGAUUUAGCGUGGGGGCGAUGUAUUCUUCAGCAUUUACGAUCUUGUCAGAAAUCACAAAAGGCAACAGAAGAAAAUUUUUUGCAGCAGGUCUUGAUGCUUCUUUUUCAUUUGGAACAUUCUUUUUGAUAGGCAUGGCGUAUUUUUUGCCAAAUUGGCGCCAACUACAAUUAGCUAUGUGGAUUCCCGAAUCGCCUAGGUGGUUAAUCUCUCAGAACCGUUACGACGAAGCUCAGAAGAUAAUUGAAAAGUAUUCUAAAUCGUUUGUCAUGACCCAAACUUCUGCUGCAGAAAACCAAACGAAUGAUUCUACUUUAUCAUCUUCAGAGUGUUCUCCAAAGUUGGAAGAAAACAAAGGGUUCUUUAAGCGAAAUUCUGAAAGCUUGCGAAUCCUGUUCACGCAAUCAGAUUUAAGAAAAAAAAUUUUGUUCAUGCAUUUUUCAUAUUACGUAACAGCAGUCGCAAGCUUGACACUCGCUUUUAAUGUUGAUAAUUUUAAAUCAAAUCGUUAUAUUUAUUUAUCAAUACUUUCAAUUAAUGAAGUGAUAGCCAAUUUGGCAACUUCAGUAGUCUUGAUGUUCAUAAGCUGUCGAAAGACACUUAUUAUAAAUUACUUUAUCGGAAGCAGUUUAAUGAUGGCAAUUAUUGCAGUUCCCGAAGACAAUAAAAAUAUAAUUUUUGGAUUAGCAUUAACAGCAAAAUUUUGUACAUCAGCAAGUUUUACUACUAACUUGGUUCUCAAUUCAGAGUUAUUCCCCACGAAUGUCAGGAAUACGGCAUUUGGUACCUGCAUAGUAAUGGGACAAUUAGGUUCUUUAACCGCACCGUAUGUUGUUGACUUACUUGGUGAUCUGAUUUGGUAUGCUCCGACCACAUUUUGCGGACUAUUGUCGCUCACAGUUGGACUGCUAGGACUUUUGACGCCACUGACGAAGAUAGAUGACGAAAAUGAUUGUACUGUCGAAGAAAAAUUAACGAAAGAAAAAACCCUUUUAAAAGCCGUAGAUGACUUAGGAGAAGGGUCUGCAUUUCUUUGGACUAUUUUUGUUUUCAAUAUUCUGACAAUGAUAUUAUUUGGAUUGAAUACUAUGUCUUAUAUUUUUAUCACUGAGGUUUGUAUGAGUGACUAUUUUUGCAUACCCGAAUUUUUUUGUUCUAUCCCGGAGCUUACAAAAAAAAAGUGGACCAUAGAACAAAUCAAAAACGUUUCUAUUACUAAUGAAUGUCAAAAAUAUGAUUAUAAUUAUACACAAUUUGCGGAGUUAGGAUACGAUGAAGCCCUACAAUACAUUGCGAACAGUGAAUCAAAUCCUCAUGUAAUUUCCUGUCCAUCGUUUACAUUCGAUGAAAGUGGACGAUCAACAAUUAUAAAUGAGUGGGACCUAGUCUGUGAUAGAAGUUUAUAUCGACCACUUACAUUUUCAAUAUUUUCAUUUGGAAUGACGUGUGGUUCAGGUAUAUUAGGUACAUAUGCAGACAAACAUGGACGGAAAAGUUCAUUAAUUAUUAGUAUAAUAUUGCAAACAAUUGUUUGUCCUGCAAGCGCAUUGGUUCCCUGGUUUUGGGCAUUUAUUAUUUUUAAAUUUCUCACUGGAGUAAGCAUAGGCGCGAUUAACUCAUUAUUUAAUAUUGUAAUAAAAACUAUAAUAUUUUAUCUUGCAGUAACAGAAGUUGCUAGAAGUAAAAGAAUUAAGGUGUUUGCAGCUAUUUUGGACGCUACAUAUUCGAUUGGUACUUAUUUCGUCAUAGGUAUGGCUUAUGCCUUACCAAAUUGGAGACAUUUACAAUUAGCUGUUUCAUCUUUCAUUCUUCCAAUGAUAAUUCUAAUUUGUAUAUGUGUUAAAAAACUGUGGAUCCCCGAGUCGCCUAAGUGGUUAAUCUCUCAGAACCGUUACGACGAAGCUCAGAAGAUAAUUGAAAAGUAUUCUAAGUCGUUUGUCGUGACACCAACUCCUGCCGCAGCAAACCAAACGAAUGAUUCUACAUUAUCAUCUUCAGAAUAUUCUCCAACGUUGGAAGAAAAUAAAGGGUUCUUUAAGAGAAAUUCCGAAAGCUUGCGAAUCCUGUUCAUACAAUCAGAUUUAAGGAAAAAAAUUUUAUUCAUGUACUUUUCAUAUUACGUAACUUCAAUUAUUAGUUUUUCGCUUGCUUUCAAUGCAGACAAUUUUAAAUUAGAUAGUUACAUCUAUCUAUUAAUAAUAUCUCUAGUUGAUGCAGCAGCCCACCUGACAACUUCGAUAAUUUUGAUGUUUUUGAGUUGUCGAAAAUCGCUUAUUAUAAUGUAUGUAAUUGGAUUCAUUGUUAUGAUAGCUAUUCUAGCUGUUCCAUUGGAAAGCAAAAUUAUAAUUGCAGUGUUGGCUUUAGUAUCUAAGUUUUGUCUUUCAGUGAGUUUUACUGCUAAUUUGGUGUUAAAUUCAGAAUUGUUUCCGACUAUUGUCAGAAACACAGCCUUUGGAACAUGUUUAGUUCUGUCACAACUAGGUUCCAUGAGCGCACCUUUCGUUGUCGAUAUACUUGGUAAUGUUACUUGGUGGCUCCCUACUACAUUUUGUAGUGUACUAGCACUUUUUGCAGCAUUUUUAUGUAUUAUUACUCCUCUAACAAAAAUAGAUGAAGAAAAUGAGUCACGAGAAAAGUGUCUUCUCCAAGCUGUAGAUGAACUAGGCCAAGGCUCGUCAUUAGUUUGGAUUGUUUUUAUCAUUAAUCUUUUUACAUUACAAUUGUUUGGAUUAAAUUCUAUGGCCUAUGUUUUUAUUGCAGAGAUACCCGAGUUUCGCUGCUUUAUUCCUGAACUAUCGGAUGCAAAUUGGACGACGGAUCAAAUCAAUGAGAUUUCUAUUUUUGAUACUUGCCAGCACUAUGAUCAUAACCAUACUUAUCUAGCGAAUUUGGGCUAUGAUAGAGCUGUACAAUUUGUCGAAGAAUUAGAAUUUUUGCCAAACAUAAUUUCCUGUUCUUCAUUCACUUUCGAUAAUGAAAGAUCAACAAUUGUUGAUGAAUGGGAACUGGUAUGCGAAAAAAAAUUGUAUCGAGCAACCACAUUUUUACUUUACGCCUUAGGAAUUACUUGUGGUUCUGGAAUUUUGGGCAUUUAUUCAGACGCAUAUGGACGAAAGAAAUCAUUGGUCAUUAGUAUAGUAUUGCAAGUUAUUGCUGGACCAGCAAGUGCACUAGCUCCUUGGUUCUGGGCAUAUUCUCUUUGUAGGUUUAUUACUGGAAUGAGUACUGGAGGGAUGUAUUCUUCUGCAUUCACUAUCCUGUCAGAAAUUUCAAAAGAUAAAAGAAGAAAAGUUUUUGCAGCUUCUAUCGAUUCAACAUUUUCAAUUGGAAUUUUUUUCCUCAUCGGUAUAGCUCAUUUUUUAACUAACUGGCGGCAGAUACAAUUGGGAAUAUCAUGUUUCUUAAUUCCGAUAAUUGCUCUUAUUUGGUUCAUUCCCGAGUCGCCAAGAUGGUUAAUUGCACAGAAUCCUCAAAAAAUAAUUGAAAAAUAUCAUAAAUCAUUUGCAACGACACUGAGCUCCUCUGAAGAGAAUAAAAAAAAAGAAUCCCAAUUAUCAUCGAUUGCAAAUAUUCCUGUCCUCCCGAAAAAAGAGGGGAGUUUUUUCAGACGUAAUUUUGGAAGCUUAGGAAUUUUGUUAACAACUUCCGAUCUAAGAAGAAAAAUUUUGGUCAUGUACUUUUCAUAUUACGUUACAACUGUAGUAAGCUUGUCACUAGUUUUCAGUAUCGAUAACUUCAAAGCAGAUCGCUAUAUUUACAUGUCAGUAGUAGCGCUUAAUGAAAUAAUUGCACAUAUGGCGAUUUUAGUAGUCCUCAUGUUUGUGAGUCCUCGAAAACUACUGGUUAUCGUAUACAUGAUUGGGGCCGUUUUGACAAUUUCCAUUUUGGCGGCUUCAGAGGAAAAUAAAACUAUGAUUAUGGGACUAGCUUUGGCUGCUAGAUUUUGCACAUCAGCUAGUUUUACGAUUAAUUUAGUACUUAAUACAGAAUUAUUUUCCAGUAACGUCAGAAAUACUGCCUUAGGGACUUGUGUUGUAACGGGUCAACUUGGAUCGUUGACGGCUCCAUAUAUUGUUGACAUACUAGGAAGCAUUGCAUUUUGGGCGCCAACAACUCUUUGCAGUGUUUUAUUCCUCUUGGCUAGUCUUUUUGGCUUCAUUUUACCUCGAUCGAAAAUUGAAGAAGAAGAAAAUCCACUGGGUGUGAAAGAAGAUAAUAAAGGAAAAAAUAAAAUACAAGAAGAAUGCCUUUUGCAAGCAAUUGAUGAUAUGGGCGGAAGAUCUUCUAAACUUCUUUGGAUUAUUUUUAUCGUUAAUUUCUUCACGUUACAACUGUAUGGUAAUAAUUCCAUGUCUUAUGUUUUCAUCUCUGAGGUACCUGAAUUUCAUUGCUCUAUUCCCGAAUUGAAAAAUGCAAAUUGGACGACUGAUCAAAUCAAUGAAAUCGCAAUUGUUGAUUCAUGUACGCAGUAUAAAUUAAACUAUACACAUCUCGCGAAUUUGGGAUAUGACAACGCAUUAGAAUUUGUAAAAGAGUCUGAAUUUUUACCAAGUGUAGUGUCUUGCACUUCUUUUACGUUCAAUGAAAGUGUACAUUCAACAAUUGUCGAUGAGUGGGAAUUGGUUUGCGAAAAAAAAUUAUAUCGAGCAAACACAUUUUUAGUCUACUCAUUAGGCGUAAUGGUAGGCUCAGGAAUAUUGGGCAUAAUUGCAGAUAAAUACGGCCGAAAAAAUUCCUUAAUUAUCAGUAUAGUAUUGCAAGUAAUUGCUAGUCCUACGAGUGCAUUGGUACCAUGGUUUUGGAUGUUUAUUAUUUGUAAAUUUUUUAUUGGAAUGAGUACUGGCGCCAUAAGUUGCGACGGGCAACAUAAGAAAAGCGUGUGCAGGUAUUCUAGAUGCGUCUUUUUCGAUUGGAACGUUUUUUGUUAUAGGAAUGGCAUAUUAUUUAAAAACUUGGCGACAAUUGCAACUAGCAAUUUCUUGUGGUUGAUUUCACAGAAUCGUUUUGAUGAAGCUCAAAAAAUAAUUGAAAAAUACCACAAAUCAUUUGUAAUGACGCCGAAUAAUAGUUUAGAAGAUUCAAAAACUGACGAUAAAUUUUCACUAUCAAAAUUACCGAAUAUAAACCAAGAAAAUGAAGGAUUCUUUCAUCGUAACGUUGAAAGUUUGCGAAUUUUAUUUACACAGCCGGAUUUGAGGAAGAAAAUGUUGAUUAUGUACUUUUCAUACUACGUAACUGCGGCAACAAGUUAUGCACUUGUUUUCAGUAUUGAUAACUUCAAAUCAGACCGCUAUGUGUACGUAGCAAUAUUAGCUUUCAAUGAUAUAAUAGCACACUUGUCGAUUUUAGCAAUCUUAAUUUAUCUAAGUGGUCAAAAAGCACUCAUUAUGACCCAUUCAACUGCAUCCCUUUUAAUGAUUACGAUUCUUGCAAUUUCCGAAGAUAAUAAAAAUAUCAUCAUGGGACUCGCAUUAGCGGCUAAAUUUUGUGCUGCUACAAGUUUUACUGCUAACUUGGUUCUUCUCUCAGAAUUGUUUCCAACCAAUGUUAAAAACACUGCAUUAGGAACGUGUGUUGUAAUGGGGCAAGUUGGGUCAAUGACGUCGCCGUAUAUUGUUGACGUACUUGGAAGUAUUGCAUGGUGGGCUCCAACAACCCUCUGUAGUACUUUGUCGAUAAUGGCGGGUCUUCUUUGUCUUACUAUACCAAGAACAAGAAUCAAUGAUGAGAUGAUGAUUAAUGAUAUUUUUGACUUUCAUUGGUAUGUAUAUUAA